AUGAAGAGACAAGUCUCCAUGAAAUCCUCCGGUGGCGGGAUCCGGGGCUUCUCUGGCCAUUCUGCUGUAGUCUCUGGCAGCAGCAAGAUAAGCAGUGUGUCCCACUCUGGGGGAGCUGGUGGAGGAGCCUGUGGAUUCCAGAGUGGGGCAGGUGGCUUUGGCAGUCGUAGCCUCUACAACCUGGGUGGCAACAAGAGCAUCUCCAUCAGCGUGGCUGGUGGCUCCCUGGCUGGUGGCUUUAGGGGAGGACGUAGCAGCUGCAGCCGUGGCUUUGGAGGUGGCUAUGGAGGUGGCUUUGGUGGUGGCUUUGGCAAAGGAAUGGGAGGUGGUUUUGGAGGAGCUGGUGGCUUUGGAGGGGCUGGUGGAUUUUGUGGUUCUGGUGGCUUUGGUGGGUCUGGUGGCUUUGGUCCUGGUGGCUUCCCUGGGGGAAUCCAGGAAGUAACUGUCAACCAGAGUCUCCUACAGCCCCUCAAUGUGGAGAUUGACCCCCAGAUUGGGCAAGUCAAGGCCCAGGAGCUGGAGCAGAUAAAGACCCUCAAUAACAAAUUCGCUUCCUUUAUUGACAAGGUGCGGUUCCUGGAACAGCAGAACAAGGUCCUGGAGACCAAAUGGAAUCUGCUUCAGCAGCAGGGCCGGGGUUCUGGCUCAGGCCCCAACAACCUGGAGCAUUUCUUUGAAUCCUACAUCAGCUUCCUGCGCAGGCAGCUGGAUUUGGCUCUGGGGGAGAGGGGGAACCUGGAAGGAGAGCUGAAGAACAUGCAGAACCUGGUGGAAGACUUCAAAAAGAAGUAUGAAGAUGAGAUCAACAAACGCACUGCGGCAGAGAAUGAGUUUGUGGGACUCAAGAAGGACGUGGAUGCAGCCUACAUGAACAAGGUGGAGCUGCAGGCCAAGGCGGACUCCCUGACAGAUGAGAUCAACUUCCUGAGGACCCUCUAUGAGAUGGAGCUGUCCCAGAUGCAGAGUCAUGUUAGUGACACAUCUGUGGUCCUCUCCAUGGACAACAACCGUGACCUGGACCUGAACAGCAUCAUUGCUGAGGUCAAGGCCCAGUACGAGGAGAUUGCCCAGAGGAGCAAGGCUGAGGCCGAGGCCCUGUACCAGACCAAGCUUGGGGAGCUGCAGACCACGGCUGGCAGACAUGGGGAUGACCUGAAGAACACCAAGACCGAGAUCAUGGAGCUCAAUAGGAUGAUCCAGAGGCUGCGGGCUGAGAUGGAGAGUGUCAAGAAGCAGAAUGGCAACCUUCAGGCUGCCAUUGCUGAUGCUGAGCAGCGUGGGGAGAUGGCCCUCAAGGAUGCCAAUGCCAAGCUCCAAGAGCUGCAGGCUGCCCUACAGAAGGCCAAGGAUGACCUGGCCCGGCUGCUGCGUGACUACCAGGAGCUCAUGAAUGUCAAGCUGGCCCUGGAUGUGGAGAUCGCCACCUACCGCAAGCUGUUGGAGGGCGAGGAGUGCAGGAUGUCUGGAGAGUGUCAGAGUGCUGUAAGCAUUUCAGUGAUCAACAACGUUACCAGCACGAGCAGCAGGUCUGGUGGAAACUUCGGAUCCUUCGGAGGGGUCAGUGGCAGCAGCAGCAGUAGCUACAGAGACAGCAGCAGCGAUGGCGGCAGCAGAGGAAGCAGCGGUGGCUACAGAGGAGGAAGUGGUGGCAGCAGCAGCCGCAGCUCUGGGGGCUACCAGAGCGGCAGCAGUGGGGGCUACCAAGGUGGCAGCACUGGGGGCUACCAGGGUGGCAGCAGUGGGGGCUACCAGGGUGGCAGCAGUGGGGGCUACCAGGGUGGCAGCAGUGGGGACUACCAGGGCGGCAGCAGUGGGAGAGGUAGCAGCUCUGUGAGCCAGAGUGGAAUUGGCUCCAGCUCUGGUGGCCGGUCUAGUGGUGGAGGCAGCUCCAGCAUGCACUUCUCCCAGACCACCAGCUCUGGCCAGUACAGCUCCAAGUAA